AUGAUUGCAGAGAUCGAGCGUGCACCAGGAGUUACUUGGACCCCUGGUGCCGUCGAGCGUUUUGCCAUGGAACCGCCCGGAGCCUCCAAGCGCCUUUGUGGUGUGAAAGGCAACAUGACGAAGUCUAUCGAGUCGGCAGUCAAGCGUGGAGAGAUUGAGCGCUUCGUUGCGGAGAUUGAUGGAGACAUCCCAGAGGCAUUCGAUUCAGCGGAGCAGUGGCCGGAUUGUGCGAAGAUCAUCAACGACAUCCGCGACCAGUCCAACUGCGGCUGCUGCUGGGCAUUUGCUGGAGCAGAAGCUGCCUCUGAUCGCAUGUGCAUUGCAACAAAGGGCAAGACAAUGAUCCCGAUUUCGGCGCAGGACGUGUGCUUCAAUGCCAACCCUGAUGGUUGCGAUGGCGGUCAGAUUGACACACCCUGGCAGUACAUCAAGGACACUGGUGCUGUCAGCGGUGGCCAGUACCAAGGAACCGGUCCGUUUGGACCGGGCCUUUGCAGCGACUUCUCGCUGCCGCACUGCCACCACCAUGGUCCACAGGGCAAGGACCCUUACCCGGCUGAGGGCAAGCCUGGCUGCCCAAGUGAGGACUCACCUGCUGGACCCACGCAGUGUGACGCCGCAGCCAAAGCGCCCCACAACAACUUCAAGGAGGACAAGUACUAUUACAAGGGCAAGACACAGACGGCAUCUGGAGAGAAGGCCAUCCAACAAAUGAUCAUGACUGGUGGACCAGUGGAGACUGCCUUCACGGUGUACUCGGACUUCGAGCUUUACACCCAUGGGGUUUACCACCACGUGACUGGCGAGAUGGCUGGCGGGCAUGCCGUGCGAAUGGUGGGUUGGGGCGUCGACAGCGGAGUGAAGUACUGGAAGGUAGCAAACUCCUGGAACCCAUAUUGGGCAGAAAAAGGCUUCUUCCGCAUCAGGCGUGGAACAAAUGAGGGCGGCAUUGAGGAUCAAGUUGUCGGCGCUUCUAGUGAUGCAGCUCGGACAGCACUGAGAGUCGAAUUUUUGUCGAUCCGGAUCAACCGUCAAACAACACUCAGAACAAGGUACUCAAAGAACAAGAGAGCGCCUCAAUGUUUGCUUGAGGCGCAGUGGGCACGUGGAAUGGCCUCGGAGAUCGUGGUCUGA